AUGCCCCUGUCCAUAUCCGUCAUUUCUCUCUCUGUCUCUGCCCAUGUCGAGCCCGUCCCCGAUGAGUCCCUCUCGCUCCCGUCCAAUCUGGACAUGGGGAACAGGCUCGGACAAGACAACCUGGAAGCCCUCGUUCUCUGCCGCAAAGCACUGGCACCACUCAAGCACUCGACAGCCCUUUUUCAAAAGGACAAAGUGGACUUCAGCCCAGUCCUCUUCCAGAGUCCCGAUUGCUUAGGCGGACGUAGCGGCGUCUGUCUUGCAGCCGACCUCUCUCCCUACUGGCACGGCUCCCCUUGUUUGCUGCCCACGGCUGCUGUCGAUGCAACUGCUGCUGCUGUUGCCCGCUCUGGAUACCACGGAUUCCUCCAUAGAGAGAGCCCUUCUGCCGACCUGAACUUGGACCUCGAUUCCCAUUCAUCCACCCGCCCAUCCAUCCCAGUCAUCCAGUCCUCUAGCUAA